GUUCAUCUCACGACCAAGCCACUCGAUGGCCCGUUCAAAUGCAGUCCUCCUGUGAGUUCAUAACUAUUCUACGGUGACUAAGUACAAGAGAAAUCUUCGCGUGCGGAACGGACAGGUCACAGGGGUGUCCUCUUCUUCUUCUUCUUCUUCCGCCUCCUCUCCUCUUUCUGUCACUCGCAUCCGACGUUGAGGCGCUGACGACGCGGCUGUGACACUGCAUUCAACACUGCAUCUAUGGCACGGCGUCUGGACGAGCCGUCACCGGAAGUGUGGCAGGAAAUCAUAUCCUACCUCCCGAAGACUGACAUACGCAACUGUCGCCUCGUCUCGAAUGUCUUCAGCUGCCUCUCGACGCCCGUACUCUUCACCUCUCUGACUAUAACCUUCGGUGCCUACGACUGCGUGGAUAAGUGGGGUUCGUCAAUCUCCGUGUCUGACAAGCGGAAGGAGGAGCGAGCUAUCGAGCAAGCGGCGCAACUUGCUCUCGUUGACCGCAUAGCAUCUGAUCCGCCAUUCGCCUCGCUGAUCAGGAGCUUGCGGAUCUGUGUCUACGAGGACGGUGUCGCACGCAGUCAGAGAUACGAUGCCUCAAUAGAUCGUCUUGCUGCCGCAAUAGGGGCACUUCACCAAUUGCGCUCUUUUGUAUUUUUUGGCCGUUACAUCUAUCUUCACCCAAAGAUUGUCGAUGCGCUCGAGGACGGCUGUCCGCUACUUGGUGCGUUUCUUGCCCGGCUUAGGGCACCCGUGUUGAAAUUUCUGCCGUCGUCCAUGUUCAUGCCACGCCUUCACUACGACGGACUGCGACACGCCCAUGCAAAUAUGCGCACCGUACGACUAACCUAUCCCCUUCUCGACGACAUCCCCUGGCAUAUCUGCCGUGUCUUGAAUCCUGGAGAUCACGUUUCGCAAUCCUGCUACGGCCUGGAUGUGUUCCUGCGCGAGGUACCGCACUGCAGAUCGGCGCAGGUCCCGCUGUUCCGUGGCUGGCAUCUGCGGUGCCGCAUUUAUCCCAGCUCACCACCUACGCCGUUUUACUGCGACUUGGAGGUCGACGCGGAACACCUCCCGAUGUUCCUGGACGUGAUCGCCACACUCAAGGACCUCGACCCGAUCGACGCGGCGUCCUUGAAAGCUCCAGCGUGCCUGCCCGCAGACCUGUCGGUGCUCUCCUCUGCGAAUGAUGAUGUGAUCUCACGCGGCACUGCAGCACAAGCAUUUCGCGACCUCAGCUUCCUGAAUGUUCACGCGGACAAGUACACCGAGCGGCUGGAAUUGCUCGGCUGCAACAAAAAGCUUUACGACGUCGAGUACCGCGGAGAGGCUCGGGUCGCCGCCCUGCGCCCUUGGUCUACCCAAAGAGUGGCUUUGUGCUACACGGAGGACAGUGGGUGUGAGGACAGGGACUGGUUGAUACGGCAGUCUGUGCGGUGAUGUUCCGACUUCCGAAUUGGAGGUGACCGCAUUUGCCGGUCACUCGGCGUAGAGCAUGGUAAUCUAUUACUAUUUGUCACUGGCGGUGUCCCAUGUAAAAUUCCGCGUUCAUUGUACUGUAACUGCUAAAUGAACUCGUUCACUUCUGA